UGUGAUGUAGCAGUGUGCGCUUCUCUGUGGUGCUGCUUCAACGCCAUAACACAGUGUAAGAGCGGACACGACAGUAAAUGUAAUAUAUAGGCAUUUCCUGUCCCCGUGCCUUCAUUAUAAGACGUCGCACACGGGAAUUAAGAUCCAGGAAGGGACGCUUUGACCCCAGUACGAACCCACAAACCUUCGUCAGAGACCGGAAAUCCGGAAUGAAGUGGUGUCAUUAAGGAUAAUUACUUUUUUUUCGAGAUCGACUGAAGGCUUGUGUGGAGCAGCUGGGUGGUGGCAUGGGCCUGUCGUUUUGCGGCACCGACGAGGAUGUCAAUUCCUACAGCGUGGAAAAGGGCAUGCUGAACAAUGGCUGCUUCGUGGACGCUCUCAACCUGGUUCCCCAUGUCUUCCUGCUCUUCAUCACCUUCCCCAUCCUCUUCAUCGGUUGGGGAAGUCAGAGCUCCAAAGUCCAGAUCCACCACAAUACGUGGCUUCAUUUCCCCGGACACAACAUGAGAUGGAUCCUCACCUUCCUGCUGCUUUUUGUCCACGUCUGCGAGUUCGCAGAGGGCAUCGUCUCCGACCAGAUGAUGCGCACCAACCACCUCCAUCUCUUCAUGCCAGCCUUCAUGGGUUUCAUAGCAGCAACAACAUCAGUGGUUUACUACCACAACAUAGAGACGUCCAACUUCCCCAAACUGCUGCUUGUGCUGUUCAUCUACUGGGUGUUGGCGUUCAUCACAAAGUUCAUUAAGCUGUGGAAGUUUACAGAGUUUUAUUUAGGACCCCAGCACCUGAGGUUCUGCAUCACUGCCCUGUUAGUGCUGCUGUACGGACUGCUGAUGGGCGUGGAGCUCAACGUCAUAAGAGUCAGGAAAUAUGUGUUCUUUGCGAACCCCCAGAAGGUGAAGCCACCAGAGGACUUACAGGAUUUGGGGGUUCGCUUCCUGCAGCCGUUUGUCAACCUGCUGUCUAAGGCGACAUAUUGGUGGAUGAAUCCUCUCAUCAUUGGAGCCCAUAAGAGGCCAAUAGAGCUGAAGAAGAUCGGCAAGCUGCCCAUCGCCAUGAGAGCCCUCACCAACUACCUUCGGCUCAAAGACGCCUAUGAGGAUCAGAGGACUGCCGAGGAUCCGAACCGCGCCCCGUCUAUCUGGCGCUCCAUGUAUCGAGCGUUUGGUCGUCCCAUCCUGCUCAGCAGCACCUUCCGCUACCUGGCUGACCUGCUGAGCUUCGCCGGGCCGCUCUGCAUCUCUGGCAUCGUAAAGCACAUAAAUGAAGACAAUAACACUGCAGUGGCAGACCAGAAAACGGGUGAAACACGUUUAAACGUGUACUUCAUGUCUUCCACUGAGCUGCUGCAGAACACUUCAGUCCUGGCGGUGCUUCUCUUCCUGGCUUUAGUCCUGCAGAGGACCUUCCUGCAGGCCUCGUACUACGUCACCAUAGAAACAGGUAUCAACCUGCGCGGAGCCCUGCUGGCGAUGAUUUACAACAAAAUCCUGCGUCUGUCCACCUCCAACAUGUCGAUGGGGGAGAUGACGCUGGGGCAGAUCAACAACCUGGUGGCUAUAGAGACCAACCAGCUGAUGUGGUUCCUCUUCCUCUGCCCCAACCUGUGGGCCAUGCCUGUACAGAUCGUGAUGGGAGUCAUCCUGCUCUACUAUUUGUUGGGCUCCAGUGCUUUGGUUGGAGCCUCUGUCAUAGUUCUGCUGGCUCCGGUCCAGUACCUCAUAGCCACAAAGCUGGCAGACACACAGAAAAGCACACUAGAACACUCGACAGAUCGUCUGAAAAAGACCUCCGAGAUCUUAAAGGGCAUAAAGCUGCUGAAGCUGUAUGCCUGGGAGAACAUCUUCUGUGACAGCGUGGAGGACACCAGAGGCAAAGAGCUCACCAGCCUCAAGACCUUCGCUUUCUACACGUCCAUGUCCAUCUUCAUGAAUGCUGCUAUACCCAUUGCUGCCGUUCUCGCGACGUUUGUGAUGCAUCAAAUCCUCAAAGAAAGCGGUCCCACUCCCUCUGAGGCCUUCGCCGCUCUGGCGUUGUUCCACAUCCUGGUCACGCCUCUCUUCCUGCUCUCCACUGUGGUCAGAUUUGCUGUCAAGGCGCUGGUCAGCGUCCAGAAGCUCGGCGAGUUUCUGCAGAGCGACGAAAUUGGAGACGACAGCUGGAGAAAUGGAGACAUGCCGGUUUUCAUGGAAGCGGGAAAAAAGCACACGGGGGGGACCAAAGCCAUCAACAGGAAGCAGCCAAUGCGCUACCAGAUGGACAACUACGAGCUGCCGACCAGACGGCAGAUGAGACCCACGGAGACGGAGGAUGUGGCUGUAAAGGUGAGCAAUGGAUUCUUCACCUGGGGAAGCAACCUGUCCACGCUGUCCGACAUCAACAUCUGCAUCCCCACAGGGCAGCUGACGAUGAUCGUGGGCCAGGUGGGUUGUGGGAAAUCCUCCCUGCUGCUGGCCAUGCUUGGCGAGAUGCAGACCAUCGACGGAAGAGUCCACUGGAGCAAGCUGCCUGAUUAUGAGACGGUCCACGAGGGGAACAUAAGUUGGUCAGGGGCAGAGGAGUCUGACGAAGACAUCCAGAGCAAGAACAGAUACUCUGUGGCCUACGCUACCCAGAAGUCCUGGCUGCUUAACGCUACAGUGGAGGAAAACAUCACCUUUGGCGGCCCUUUCAAUAAACAGAGGUACAAGACUGUGAUCGACGCCUGCUCUCUGGAGCCAGAUAUCGACCUGCUGCCCUUCGGAGACCAAACUGAGAUUGGAGAGAGGGGCAUCAACCUGAGUGGAGGUCAGAGACAGAGAAUCUGUGUGGCCAGAGCGCUCUACCAGAACACCAACAUCGUCUUCUUGGACGAUCCCUUCUCGGCGCUGGACAUCCACCUCAGUGAUCACCUGAUGCAGGAGGGAAUCCUCAAGUUUCUGCAGGACGAUAAACGGACCGUGGUCCUGGUCACCCAUAAGCUGCAGUACCUCAUACAUGCAGACUGGAUUAUAGCGAUGAAGGACGGCUCUGUGCUGAGAGAGGGAACUCUGAAGGACAUUCAGAAUAAUGACGUUGAGCUUUAUGAACACUGGAAGACCCUGAUGAACAGACAGGACCACGGGCUGGAGAAGGAUAUUCAGCAGGACAGUCAAACAACACUCGAGAGGAAAACACUGAGGAGAGCGUUCUACUCCCGGGAGGCCAAGAGCCAGAUGGACGACGAGGACGAAGAGGAGGAAGAGGAGGAGGAAGAUGAUGACAACAUGUCUAUAACCACAAACAGAAGAUCAAAGAUCCCAUGGAGGGUGUGCUGGUGUUACCUGUCCUCUGGGGGCUUCUUCAUGGUCUUCCUCAUGGUGUCCUCUAAGCUCCUCAAACACUCUGUGAUUGUUGCCAUUGACUACUGCUUGGCGUACUGGACUUCCUCCAAAAGCAAUGCGGGCGUGUUUAACGGAACCGGCCUGGCUGACGGUAACAGCACCAACACCACCCUGCUCUGGCCCGGGGACCCGAACUCUGAGAACAACUCCUACUAUCUGCCGGUGUUUAUCAUCCUGAGUGCGGCUGGCAUCACGUUAUGCCUCAUCACCUCUCUCACUGUGGAGUUUCUGGGUCUUUCUGCCGCCACCAACCUGCAUCACAACCUGCUCAACAAGAUCAUCCACGCUCCCAUCAGGUUCUUUGACAUCACUCCUCUGGGGCAGAUCCUCAACAGAUUCUCAGCUGACACCAACAUCAUAGAUCAGCAUAUUCCUCCAACACUCGAGUCCUUGACGAGAUCCACGUUGCUCUGUUUGUCAGCCAUCGGGGUCAUUUCCUCCAUCACUCCAAUGUUCCUGAUCGCUUUGGCUCCUCUGGCGGUGGCUUUCUACUUCAUCCAGAAGUACUUCCGGGUGGCCUCAAAGGACCUCCAGGACCUCGAUGACUCCACACAGCUUCCUCUGCUCUGCCACUUCUCUGAGACCGCUGAAGGUCUCACCACUAUAAGAGCAUUCAGACACGAGGCUCGCUUUAAACAGCGUAUGCUGGAGCUGACGGACACCAAUAACACGGCCUACCUGUUCCUGUCGACCGCCAACCGCUGGCUGGAGGUCCGAACGGACUUCCUCGGAGCGGUGAUAGUGCUGGCAGCAGCAGGAGCCUCCAUAUGGAACUACAGGCUGACUUCUAGAGGCCUCGUGGGCCUCGCACUCACAUACGCCCUCACCGUCACCAACUACCUGAACUGGGUUGUGAGGAACCUGGCGGACCUGGAGGUCCAGAUGGCAGCCGUGAAGAAGGUCAACAGCUUCCUCGGCACAGAGUCGGAGAACUACGAGGGAUCCAUGGACGCCUCUCAGGUGCCUGAGAACUGGCCCCAGGACGGGGAGAUAAAGAUCCAGGACCUGUGUGUGCGCUACGACCCCAUGCUCAAACCGGUGCUCAAACACGUCAACAUGUACAUCGAGCCGGGCCAGAAGGUGGGGAUCUGCGGUCGCACCGGCAGCGGGAAGUCUUCUCUGUCGUUGGCCUUUUUCAACAUGGUGGAUAUGUUCGAAGGGAAGAUCGUCAUUGACGGGAUCGACAUCUGUAAACUUCCUCUGCAGACACUCAGGUCGCGACUCUCCAUCAUCCUCCAGGAUCCCGUGUUGUUUAGUGGAUCAAUAAGGUUUAAUCUGGAUCCAGAGAGGACGUGCACCGAUGAUCGACUCUGGGAGGCGCUGGAGAUCGCUCAGUUGAAGAACAUGGUGAAAGCGCUGCCUGGAGGGUUAGAUGCCGUUGUGACAGAAUGUGGAGAGAACUUCAGCCUCGGUCAGAGGCAGCUCUUCUGUUUGGCUCGAGCUUUUGUGAGGAAGAGCAGCAUCCUCAUCAUGGACGAAGCCACAGCGUCUAUAGACAUGGCCACGGAGAACAUCUUACAGAAGGUCGUGAUGACGGCGUUCGCAGACAGAACAGUCGUCACCAUCGCUCACCGCGUCCACACCAUCCUCACAGCCGACCUGGUCAUCGUGAUGAAGCGAGGGAACAUUCUGGAGUACGACAAACCUGAGACUCUUUUGGAGCAGGAGGACGGGAUGUUCGCGUCAUUCGUCCGAGCUGACAUGUAGACACUGUUGGUUGAGCUGCUUCCUCUGUGACACUACAACACUCCAGGACACCAACAAGCUCCUCUGUGUGUUUAAGAUGAUCCAGAAACAUCAAACACCAGUUGAUAUAUUUGAAACUUGAAUCAUUCAGUAAGUCAGACGUGUAGAAACGCCAUCAUUUAAAUGAUCAACCAAUUGCCAAGUUCGUCAAUCAGGUUAUCCAAUUUCAGGGUUGGAAACAGCGUCAUGUGCACACAACCAGUAUUACGAGCCCAGAGUUAGAAUAGAAAGAUGAAUACAUGUCGUCCCUGGAUAGAUGAUAUGAUGUUAAGGCUGCAUCUUGAGUUAUGAGAGAACCGCAAGAUGUUGGACAAGAGCAUCUUAAUGUCAGCUUUAUGAGACUUUUGAUACUCACUGGUGGAUUUAUACUGCAGCUGUUCAUUGGACAGCUGAACUUUUACUUAAGCAUGUAUCCGUUUUAUUACCUUUCAGCACGUGUUUAAUGCAAUAAUAAGGAACUUGUAUUUAUAAUCCUUUUUUAAAUAACUGAAUGUUGGCUUUGGCCAGUUCUGUGCUCUGCAUCGUGCAGCCUGUCGCUCUACUAUAUGUUAGACCUGGUGUGGUGUGCGCUGUGUAGAAGUGACAGCACUUUUUAUAAACCUGUAUCGCUGAGGUUGUGAGAGGCCGGAGAAGAACCGCACGAUGUCUCUUCGCUACAACUUUAGGAUUGUAAAGUGAAUUUUUGUGGCGAUUCUUCUCCUGAACACGUGCGACACACGCAAUCAACGUGGUGCUUUUAAACAUGUCUGCAGACCAGGAGAUCGACCUGCGUGUCUUUUCACACGCAGACGUCUUUGAUGCAACAGCAAGAGUGUGGAAGUAUACCGGAGGCAAAUACUAAAUGUGCUUUUACAAACAGGCGAAAAGCUUGAUUUGAACUCCCCAAAGAUUCAUACGUUGAGUUUUUACCACGUCGUACAAACACGACUUAGAAAGCAAUUCAUUUAGCUAAAGUGUGAUUUGAUUCCUGGUGUACUUCCUGCGCUCUGCUGUCGCCUACACUUGUACAAACACUGGAGGGUGUCUCGGCUCAGCCUGGCGCCGGUGAACCCGCUGUCUGUCUGCGGUCAUGCUUUGCUGAACUUAUUAUCCUUUGGGGACAAUAGACGCCCACCAUGAGAUCCCACCAUGACGUUUAAUGGUUACUGUGGAAGCUGAAGAGUGACCGUGCAAAGUUUCUGAAUAGAUCAUUUUUUAAAUGACUUUUUCAGCCCAUAAACUCGUCAAUCUCGUCUCCAGACUGAAGUUAGCAUCUUGCUAGCUAGCUAAUAAAGUCCAGAUCAACUCCAAAGAUAACAAACUCCCAGCAUCUCUAACGCUCCCAAAGUAACACGGUACCUUGUUUGUUUGAUCCGUACAACAAAACAAUUGUAAAAAGUGAUGGGGUUAAUGUAUCACACAUGUUUUUAUAAAGAGUCGACCAGUUUGUGGUGUUUUUAUUUGACAUUAGCAGCCGGUGUUUGUGUUUCUAAACCAAAUAAUGAGAAAGCAAACUGCAAAUUAAGAAAAAGUAUUCGCAUUAGUCACAUUUUGAGAAUUAUAAUAAUUAUUCAUUCUAAUUUUUUCUCUUUAACUGUUGAUACAAACUGUCUCUAAGCUUCUAGAAUCUCUCGUCCCGUCUCUGGAGCUGUUGUCCCUUUUGUAUUCGUGUCAUUAAUUCACUGCUCACUACACACGACAUGCCAAACACAUUUCAUCUCAAAGUUACAAUUUCAUUCUUCUCUGAACGACUGAUCUUCAUGUUCUUUGACCCACAAGUACAUUUCAAAUCUUUUUGUUUAGAUUUUACUGCGUGUGUGUGUGUGUGUGUGUGUGUGUGUGUGUGUGUGUGUGUGUGUCUGGACUGACAACUGCUGCCUUGUAAAUUCCUCGCUUCGCCCCGUUGACCAUAAUUGGUCUUUGGAGACGAUGCAACAACUGAGAAAUAGAUGGAAAGAUGAAUGUUUUAAUGUUCCGUGUUGAAGUAAAACUCACUUUGCAGUAUUAACAUCUUUAGUUUGAACUUUUCCUUUUUUAAAAACGUGCACAGAAACAUCCAGUAGAUGCAUGUAACACAUUAUCUGACGCUUGCUUCAUUUUGAGGUUGAUUUUUUUAUAUAUUCUAAAUGUGUGUAAGUGUACAUUCUUCUUCUAAGACAAAGUAUUAUUAUGUGUGCCUACUUCUUUUUACACUUGAAAUGAUAAUAAAUGAGUUUUAAGUGAA